AAACCCUCGCCUCUGUCGCCGAUUGAUUUGUCCUGACUGCUCCCUCCGGCGACGCGGCGGUGAGGUUUCCGCCUACGCCGCCUCCUUCGCGGCAACCGCCUCGGCCGCUGAGGAUCCAACGAUCUUGUGAUGAAAGAUAAAGGCGAUCCAGGCGGAUGGGACACUGAAGAAAAGAGAAGGCAAGAGGAGGCAGCCUGUUAGCGGGAUGGCGCAGGAUAAUGAAGAUGAGGUGGAGGAUAAGAGGAAGGAGAAGGGAGACGGUGGAGUGCUUCAGGUUCUUGAUGAGAGCUUCAAGUGCUCGUUUUGCAUGCAGUUGAUUGAACGCCCUGUGACUACACCAUGUGGUCACAAUUUCUGCUUGAAGUGCUUCCAGAAAUGGAUUGGGCAGGGAAAGCGUGAUUGUGCCAACUGUCGUGCAGUAAUUCCAUCCAAAUUUGCGUCCAACCCAAGGAUUAACUCAACACUCGUUUCAGCUAUUCGAAUGGCAAGGUUUGCUAAACCAACCAUAACAGGGACUUCAAAAUUUUAUCACCACGUAGACAAUGAAAGCAAGCCUGAUACAGCAUUCACAACUGAACACGCUAAAAGAGCAGGAAGAGCAAACGCUUGUAGUGGCAAAAUAUUUGUUACUGUUCCACCAGAUCAUUUUGGUCCUAUUCCUGCGGAGAAUGAUCCCAUAAGAAAUAGGGGUGUGUUGGUUGGGGACAGUUGGGCCGAUAGAUUGGACUGUAGACAAUGGGGAGCCCAUCUGCCACAUGUAGCAGGCAUUGCUGGGCAAUCUGGGUAUGGUGCUCAAUCUGUUGCACUCUCUGGAGGAUACGAAGACGAUGAAGAUCAUGGCGAAUGGUUUCUUUAUACUGGCAGUGGUGGGAGGGAUCUGAGUGGGAACAAGCGGACAAACAAGGAGCAGUCAUCUGAUCAGAAGUUUGUUAGUUCAAAUGAGGCAUUACGAGUUAGUUGCCUAAAAGGGUAUCCUGUGAGAGUAGUAAGGUCCUUCAAAGAGAAGCGUUCUUCAUAUGCUCCAGAAUCAGGUGUGCGCUAUGAUGGAGUUUACAGGAUAGAAAAAUGCUGGAGAAAACCAGGAAUUCAGGGUUUUGUGGUGUGCCGCUAUCUUUUUGUACGAUGUGAUAAUGAACCCGCACCAUGGACAAGUGAUGAGCAUGGUGAUCGCCCGAGGACCUUACCUGUCAUUAAAGAACUUAAGGGUGCUACUGAUAUAACAGAGAGAAAGGACAGCCCUUCUUGGGAUUAUAAUGAUGAAAAGGGAUGGAUGUGGAUGAAGCCUCCACCAGAGAGCAAAAAACGAGUUAGGAGUUUGGAUCCCGGAGAGCUAAAGAAAGCAAGGAAAGCUAUAAAACUUGCACAAAAAACCUCUAUAAGAGAACGGCUACUGAAAGAGUUCAGCUGUGCGAUUUGCCAUCAGGUGAUGACUUCACCGGUUUCUACACCCUGUGGCCACAGCUUCUGCAAGCCGUGUCUUGUUGGGUUCUAUGCUGAGCAGUCCUUUGUUCGGCAGACUGUUAGUGCAGGUGGUCGUACCCUUCGUGCUCGUAAAAUAGUCAGGAAGUGUCCUUCGUGCACGUAUGACAUUGCAGACUAUCUCAAAGAUCCACAGGUUAAUAGACAGAUCAUGAAUCUGAUCGACUCACUUAAGCGUGAAGCUGAUGAGAGUGAAUUGGCUGAAAAAGGAAAAGAUAGUGAUGAAGAGGAUGAUAUGAAUGAAGAUGGCAAUGAAGCAGAUGAGGGUGAAGUGUUGAAGGGAAGUAAGACGGAAACUGAGGAACCAAAGGAGGCCAAACGUGAAACUUCGAUGGAUAGUGCUCUAAAAGAGGAAUAGGAAAGCGAAUUCUGAUUAGGGGGGGAAAAGAGCUUCUGAUGGAUGGUGUAUAAGAGCCUCCAUUUUGUUUUUCUCUAGGUAUAUCAUGAUGUUAAGUUAACAGACUUGCCUUUUGAAAGACUAAAACUUUGGAAGUUAUAUCAGUUAUGAAAAUUUUUACUUUUAUUGACUAUUA